AUGUUCAAGCGUCUGGUCACCGUCGCCCCCCGCGUCGGCGCUGCGGCGCCCCGUACUCUCGCACCCCUCUCGGCUCUGCAGUCUGUCCAGCCUAUCCAGCGUCGUGUCGCUGCUCCUGCUCCUGCCCAGCGAAGGGGAUACCACGAGAAAGUCCUUGAUCACUACAACAACCCCCGCAAUGUCGGCUCUUUCAAGAAGGGCGACAUGGAUGUCGGUACCGGUCUCGUCGGUGCCCCCGCCUGUGGCGAUGUCAUGAAGCUCCAGAUCCGUGUUAACAAGGAUACCGGUCGCAUUGAUGAUGUUGUUUUCAAGACCUUCGGCUGUGGUAGUGCUAUCGCUUCAUCAAGCUACCUUACCGAGCUUGUCCGCGGCAUGUCCCUUGAUGAGGCUGGCAAGAUUAAGAACACUGAUGUGGCGAAGGAGCUCUGCCUCCCGCCUGUUAAGCUCCACUGCUCCAUGCUUGCUGAGGAUGCCAUCAAGUCCGCCAUCUCCGAUUACUACCUCAAGAACCCCAAGAGCAAGUCCACCGAUCUUUCCGGAACUGGCGCUGCCAUCCCCGAUGUGACUGCUACCGUUGGUAGCCCCGCUGCCGCCGUAUAA